AGAACACUUUGUAAACAAACACAUGUGGUCAAUAAACUGAUGCAAGCAAGCGUUAUUGUAAAGUGGCUGGUUUACAUGCUGACGUGUCAUUCAUACAAUAAACCCACGUAAGUGAAAAACAAAGUUCACGUGUACAUUUGAGUAUAUAAAGGCCGCGGGAUACAAGAUUGAACAGAACUUUCAUCUUAUUCACAGGAACUCACUGAGCAAACGCAGACAGACAUUUUGCAGAUUUUCGUGAAUCGUGGGACAACAGAAGCAGAUAGCAGAUAUAUUUGAAAUCUGACUUUGACAAUACCUUUAAACCUGAUAUAGUGUAGACUGUACAAUAGAAACACCAACAUGAAGAACAGUUUGUUGGCAAUUUUAGCGGUUGUUGGCAUUUUGGCUGGAUACAACACAGCCAACGCCUGGGGGUCACGGUUUUAUAGACCAUCCGUCUUUGGGUGGCAAGACCCUUUUGACAGAGUAUCAGUAUUUGACUGGGACUGGCCGCAUGCAUCUUGGCACCAGAACUUUGAGGACCUUUUUGAGGACCACUUUGCACCAUUUCAGAUUUGGACCCCAAGAUGGAGGGAUCCCUGGAACCCACAUGAACCUCCACGCCUUGAAAGACGCUGUACUCAAAACAAAAGGGAAGAUCCAGAAAUUGAUCAAAAUGCAGUAGAAGAACCACAAUGGAAUUCACCCAAGAGUAAAUACAAUCAACAUUAUGAGGAAGGCAGAGACGCUCUGGCAAAUGACAGAAAGAGACAGGCUAGACUCAAAAAGUUUGAAUCUGAACAAAAAAGAAUUAAUGAAGAAAAAAGGCAACAGGAACGUUUACGUGAACUGAACUUUCAAAAAGAAAAAGCAGCAAAGCUUAAACAUCAAAAAGAACUUCAGCAUCUGAGAGAAAAGGAACUUCGGGGCAUGCAAGAAGAAAAUGCAAAGUAUAUGCACAACCAAGAGCAACAUCAUAGACAGCAUGUAUUGAAGUCCAGAAAUAAAAACAGCCAUAGACAUUUACAACAGAACCAACCAAAGCCCAGAAGUCUCAGUAAAAAAGAAUCCCAACUUUAUGCAUUAUAUGUAGAAGGUUAUGACCCUGAUGAUAUUACCAUAGAGACCCAAGGAAGGAGUCUGCACAUCUCUGGGCAUCAUAAAUGUUCAUGUGAUGAAAACUGUUUUGAAAGAACCUUUGAGAAAGUUUUUAAUUUACCAGACAAUGUUGACUUAACAAGUUUAAGUACCACAUUAGACAAAGAUCAUGUACUUAAAGUGAAAGGCAGGACUUCUAACCAUGUAUUUGAACUAGUAGAUUCUAGAGUAAGAGUUAUAGGAAUUGGUAUUCCUCAAUCUAGCUCCACACCUUGUUCUCAGAGACAGACUGGAUUCAAGAAACAAGUUCGAAUUAAUAAAAGGACUGGGCAGACCUUUGAGCCAGAACCAUAUGAAAUUGAAACAUCAUUUGACACUCAGCACUAUCAUGAUUUUGAAAAUGAUGAUGAGUCUACAAUUGAAGUAGAGGAAUAUUAUUGACACAGCAUUAAGACUGCCACAAAACUUGCGUCUGUGAUAUAAGACAAUUGAACAUUAAAUGUUGUGUUUUUUGUUUUUUAAUUGAAUUUUGCAAUUUGAUAUUGUGAUUUUAAUUUUUCGAAAUAAAGUUGGGUGUAAUGUAC